AUGUUGUAUUUAUUUUGUGUUAUAACUUUGGUAUUGUCUAAUACAUGCUAUAAUCCAAUAGUAUUGGAAUUCUCAGCAGAGGACACACGAUAUAGUUUUGUACAACAACCGAACCAACAACAGUUGAUUGAUUCGUUUCCUGGAUGUGGCGAUUCAUCGAAGAAGGUAGUGACGUGGUACCAAAUUAAAAAUGGGGUGAACAAACCGAUUACUAUUUCCCUGUCCGCCUCGUCGAAUUUAUCAGCGAAAAAGUUUUAUGUAAUUCACCGAACUUCGUUGAGAGUGUCGUCGCAAUGUCCAACAUCACCACUUUCAUUUUAUUGUGUUGCACAAACGGAAAGCGAGCAAAAAACAAUGAAUCUGACGUUCACUGUCCCACUCAAUGGAAAUGCUUAUUUGGCGACGUACGAGUUUUUGAAUAAUGUCGACGUGCAGAGUCAUUUGUUCUUGCAAUUUAAAACAAUUUCAGAGGAGGAAAGCUUGUGCCAAAAAGCGGAUGAAGUGAUAUUUCCAUUAACUCAAAUGGUCACGGUGAAAACGUUUGAUGUGAUCAAUGGAAUGCGAAAACGAGGGAAUUGGCAUCGAGUUGGGGUGAUGAAAAGUGGAGAGAGAUAUAUCAUCGAUACUUGUGGUCGAAAAUUGAAUAAGCCGACUUCGAUCAGAAUAUACGAGGAUUGUGAAGGACAUGAAAUUAAUGCGGUGACUCGGCAAUGUCGCAGUGGUGUUGGGUCCCUCAUUCUAUUUACACCAUCACACGACUACAUGAAGACGUAUAUAUUUGUCGAAACAGAGGCAGAAAGGUAUGAAAUCCAUUUCCAGAAAAGCACUAAGAAGAGUGUAGACGAGGCGUGUCAGAUGGCGAUGCAUAUCCCUUAUAUCCCUUAUACAAUAUUCUCAAUACCAUUUGCGCAAUUUCCAUUGUUAAAAAAUCCAUGUGUGGAUAUACAGGAAGAAGUCAGCACUGCAUUCUUCGGAGUAACUGUCCACCCAAACCACGAAAUUAUUAUAUCGACAUGUGGGUCACCUAUUCAAACUACCUUAAGUGUGAUGGAAGACUGUCAUAUGAAAUGUCUUAAAUUGACGGAGAAGAAAUGUGUGAAUGGGAAGAUAUAUAGAUACACACCAACAAACAAAUUGGGACAUUCUAUCGUCGUUGCACUCUCUGAAACACAGAGCGAAACGUUUGGAAAGGCAAAACUCAAUUUCGUGGAGAAGGAAAUUGGAAAAAAGGUGGAUGACGAAUUACACAUUGCAACAAAUAUGGAUUAUAAGACGUGGAGAACAAAGAUAAGAGCCCCCUAUGUCGAUAAGAACGAAAUCUUGAUUGCACAAAAAGUGAAUACCAAUGGAAACGUCAAAUUUUUAACGACAGUGAUUGUCAUUACUGUUGUUGCUGCUUUUUUACUUCUUAUAGCGUAUUUCUACACAAGACCAUCGUUCACACAAAAUGAAUAUGUUCCUUUUUAA